AUGGAAAGUAUCAAACACCAGGGCAUUGCUAGCUACAAUCCGAACCCUGGCAACUACACCGUCUUCCGGAAUGUCAAGUCUUUUGGCGCAGUCGGCGAUGGAGUCCAUGAUGAUACUGCCGCUAUCCAGAGAGCGAUCUCAUAUGGUGGCAGAUGUGCGCCUGGAACUUGCGGGAGUUCUACUAAUCAGCCUGCUGUUGUGUACUUUCCAGGUGGUACAUACAAGAUCUCGAGUGCUAUCAUCGACUAUUACUAUACUCAGAUCAUCGGAAACCCAAACUGUCUUCCUACCAUCCAGGCUGCGUCCAACUUCUCCGGCUCAAGUUUCGGCCUGAUCGACGGCUCUCUAUACGGCGACAAUGGACUUGGUUUCGGUCCUACGGUCACCUUCUUCCGCCAGAUUCGGAACCUCAUCAUUGACACAACAAAAAUGUCGGCUAAGGAUUCACCCACCGGAAUCCAUUGGCCAACUGCACAGGCGACGAGUAUCCAGAACGUGAUUUUCAACAUGAAUGCCGAAAACGGAACGCAACACCAGGGUCUCUUCGUUGAAGCGGGAUCCGGUGGUUUCAUGACAGAUCUCGUCUUCAACGGUGGAAACAAGGGAUUCAUCGUCGGAAACCAGCAAUUCACCACUCGCAACAUCACGUUCAACCAUGUCACCACCGCUAUCGAGCAGCUCUGGGAUUGGGGCUGGACGUACAAGUCUGUCUCUAUCAACAACUGCCAGGUUGGACUCAAUAUGACCAACGGUGGUCCUUCUGCAGUCAAUGUGGGGUCAAUCACCUUCUUUGACAGCGAGAUCACAAACACCCCGAUUGGUAUCGUUACCUCCAGGACCAAGAACUCCGAGCCUGCUGCUGCCGGAUCCCUUUACUUGGAGAACAUCAAACUCGACAAUGUCCGUACGGCUGUAGCUGGACCCAACGGAACGUACCUAGCAGGAUCUUCUGGUGCUUCGACUAUCGAAGCUUGGGCUGAUGGUCACCGAUAUCUGCCUCAAGGUCCCGUAGAGGUGCGCGGCGCUAUUGACCCAACCAAGCGCCCAACAGAACUGUUGGGUGCGGAUGGCAAAUACUACGAGCGCUCGAAGCCUCAGUAUGGCGAUGUCCCACUGUCGCAGUUCCUCAGCGCUCGUGAUCUUGGUGCCACUGGAGACGGUCGAACCGACGACACCGAUGCUCUCAACGCCGCGAUCCUCCAAGCCAACGCCGAGGGAAAGAUCCUCUUCAUCGACGCCGGCUACUAUUUGGUCACCUCUACAAUUUACAUCCCACCCGGUGCCACCAUCAUUGGAGAAGCCCUUGCCUCUGUGAUUCUUUCCUCCGGCGCCUACUUCAACGACAUGGCCAACCCCAAGCCAGUCGUCCAAAUCGCCCGACCAGGCGAACAGGGCCGAGUGGAGUUGUCCGAUCUCUUCGUCAGCACAAAGGGCGCGCAGGCUGGUGCCAUUCUGAUUGAGUACAAUCUUGGUACCUAUACCGACGAGCCUGCUGGUCUUUGGGAUGUGCAUGCGCGUAUCGGAGGAUUCGUGGGAUCAGACCAGCAAGUCAAGCAGUGUGGAACAACGCCUAACAUUACGACCACUGCCGCGAAUCUGAAGGAGGAAUGCAUUGUAUCCUACAUGACUAUGCAUCUCACCAAGUUCAGUGCAGGCCUGUACAUGGAGAACAACUGGCUGUGGACUUCUGACCAUGACCUCGACGGCGACGGCCAGCUCACGCUCUAUGCUGGCCGUGGUCUGCUGGUUGAGAGUAUCAACGGGAGGAUAUGGCUGACCGGCACCGCAGUCGAGCACCACGUUCUCUACGAAUAUCAAUUCGUCGACACAAAGAACGUCUUCAUGGGCCAGAUCCAAACGGAGACAGCCUACUACCAGCCCAACCCCGAUGCCACUCUCCCUUUCCCAAACAACCCAGCGCUGUCUGACCCAGUCUUCACACACAAGCCUCUGAAUGGAACGAACUCUACAUCCACCAGCACAGCAUCCGGUUGGGGUCUGCGCAUCCUCCGCAGCAACAACAUUCUCGGCUACGGAAUAGGCCUGUACUCUUUCUUCAACAACUACUCGACGAACUGCUCGCGGGUUACCGAAGACGAGAAGUGCCAGUCGACCAUUCUGUCGAUUGAAGGGGGCCGCAACACGUAUGACAUCAAUCUCUACAACGUGAACACUGUGGGUAGCACUGAGGUUAUCACGCGCGACGGCGUAGAGUUGGCGGACAACAAGGACAACAACAGUACCUUUGCAGACACCGUCAACGUGUUCAGAAUCGGUAGUCUGGGUCUCGAUCUAGAUAUUUCGUUGUAG